AGCGCCCUUCCCCUUCUCCCCGAGGCCUCAGCGCGGGGGCCUCCCCGGGCUCCCCUCAGCUCGGGGCCUUCCCCCGGUUCCCCCCCAGCUCGGACCACGGCCGCCCCCCCGUGCCGAGCCGCCCCCCGCGUUAUUUUUGGCCCGGCCCGGCCCGGCCCGGCCCCCCGCCGCCUCCCGCCGGCCCCGCUCCAUUUCCGCCCCGAUGGCGCUCGGCUGAGGCGGCCGGCGAGGAGCCCUUUCCUGCCCGUGAGCGAACACCAGGCGGGAGCCAGCCAUGACGAAGGAGGAAGACCUCCCCGACUGGAGCUCGUCCAAGGAGUUUUACGAAAAAUAUGAGCCGAAGGAGGUUUUGGGCAGGGGGGUGAGCAGCGUCGUCCGUCGGUGCAUUCACAAAGCCACGAGGCAGGAGUAUGCCGUGAAGAUCAUCGACAUCACGGCGGGCAACAUAUCCCCCAAGGAGGUGCAGGAGCUGCGGGAAGCCACCGCCAAGGAGAUCGACAUCCUCCGGAAAGUCUCGGGCCACCCCAACGUCAUCCAGCUGAAGGACAGCUACGAAUCCAGCACCUUCUUCUUCUUGGUGUUUGACCUGAUGAAGAGAGGGGAGCUCUUCGACUACCUCACCGAGAAAGUCACCUUAAGCGAGAAGGAAACCAGGAAGAUCAUGCGCGCGCUGCUGGAAGUGAUCCAGUACCUCCACUCCAUCGACAUCGUCCACCGCGACCUGAAGCCGGAGAACAUCCUCCUGGACGAUGACAUGAACAUUAAGCUGACGGACUUCGGCUUCUCCUGCCAGCUGCAUGAGAAUGAGAAGCUCAAAGAAAUCUGUGGCACACCCGGCUACCUAGCCCCCGAAAUCCUGCAGUGCUCCAUGGAUGAUGAGCACCAGGGCUAUGGGAAGGAAGUGGACAUGUGGAGCACCGGGGUGAUCAUGUACACCCUGCUGGCCGGCUCGCCUCCCUUCUGGCACCGCAAGCAGAUGCUGAUGCUGCGGAUGAUCAUGAACGGGGACUAUCAGUUCGGCUCCCCGGAGUGGGACGACCGCUCUGACACCGUCAAGGACCUGAUCUCCCGGUUCCUGGUGGUGGACCCCCGACAGCGGUACACAGCCAGCGAGGCGCUGGCACACCCCUUCUUCCAGCAGUACGAUGUGGAAGAGGUUCGGCACUUCAGCCCCUUCCGGAAAUUCAAGGUGAUCUGCCUGACCGUCCUGGCAUCCGUCCGCAUUUACUACCAGUACCGGAUGGUCAAGGCGGUGACGCGGGAGCUGGUGGUGCGGGAUCCGUACGCCCUGAAGCCCGUCCGCAAGCUGAUCGACGCCUGCGCCUUCAGAACCUACCGCCACUGGGUGAAGAAGGGGGAGGCGCAGAACAGAGCCGCUCUCUUCGAGAACACCUGCAAGGCUGUUUUGCUCACCCUGGCAGCAGAGGAAGAGCUGUUUUGAUCGCAGCACCUCUGCUGCAUAAGCUGGUGGGUUUGCUCAGAGUUAAGGUGAAUAAAAUGUUUCAAAACCCA